CCGGUAUGCCAUCGUCUAAGUGGUAUGCCGCGGUGUGUAUGCCGCAUGUGGAUCCGAUACAAUCCAGAACGUAGACGCCCAGGGAACGAGUAUCCUAAACCAGUAUCCGUUUCGCUCUCUAAAAUUGGAAAAGGGCCAUUUUCUCUUGGCAACCCUGAUGAAUCCUAAGCUAGGUAGCCUUGCAGCAUGUCGAACACGCCCAAUUGCAGUCUCGUGUCGUCUAAUUGUUUAUUAUCACCGAUGCGGUGUCGGCCUGGAUGUCGGGUACCUCGCUGGAGCUGUGCUCUGGGUGGUGCGGCAUACGCGAGGUUCCCCGCCGCCGACUACCCAAUUCGGCUCGCCGAACACCACCACCACCACACAAACUGCAGCAUCUCAGCUCCAACUCUCGGUCUGAGCUGUGCAGAAAAGAAAGAUUCCACAUAGACGAUUCUACACCGUUCUCCUAGACCAAAAAGAAAAUUCCGAAAAUCCUCCAAACACACCAUCGCAACAAUGAGCCUGCCCGACGUCUCAAGCCCUUCCGUUGUGCUCCUCCAAGCCAACCCCCAGCAACAGCAAAGUAGCUGGCGAGCCAACCAGACAGCCUGGGCCCCAAGUCUAACCAUCCAACAGCACAUUGAGCGUGAAACAUACUUUCUUGACGCUCCUCUCAACCGUAACGGUGGCCUUACUCCCUGGAUUCUGUCUGAUACCUCUCUUCCCGAGGCUGACCGUCCACUGCUCUCAUCGCUCGAGACCAUCCGCAAGCCUGCCAUCUACAGAGACCCCAAGGACGGGCUUGUCAAAGAUGUCACAUCAUACGGAGUUGCUUCUGUCUUUACACUCAAGGAGUACAGAGGCCGCGGCUAUGCUUCAAAGCUCGUAGAACAGACGGGCAGCGAGCUAGCCUCCCGCCAAGCAGCUUCACCAGGCGCUGCACAGUUCUCUUUUCUGUAUUCCGAUAUUGGACCCAAGUUUUACGCAAAGAACGGGUGGAUUGCUCGUGGCAACACACAACUCGGCUUCAAAACAAACACGGAUACAGAGUUCAUUGUCAAUCCUAAUGUCAAGGACGUCACAGAUGAUAUGCUGCCUGGGCUUACGGCCAGAGACGAACAGCUACUCCGCGCUUUUAUUGCACAGCCGUGCUCCAAGGUCCGCGCUGCAGUACUCCCUACCAUGGAUGUCUUCAAUUGGCAAUACUACCGCGAGGACUACAUCUACAGCCACAUCCAUGGUCGCAAGCCCACCGUCCGCGGUGCCAUUUACACGUCGCCUACGAACCCAGAGGUUCGGGUAUGGGCUCUGUGGAAGCGCACGCGAUACGACGGGGAUAACGAUGAUGGUGUACAUGUUUGUUUUGAUGUCUUGGACUUUUUGCAUUUAGUCGUCGACGAUGAAAAUGGAGCCCUGUCUGAUAACGAGCUGGCUGACGCCCUCAAGGGCAUCUUUGCCGUUGCCAACCGCGAGGCCAAGGACUGGGGCUGCAAGUCAUAUGAUACAUGGAAUCCAAGCGAUAGAAUUCGUAAAGUCAUUGAAGAAAGGCUACCAGAGUUGGGUGCCGAGUUUGUCCAGAGAGACAUCCACGAGCUUGCGAGUAUAAGGUGGUUUGGCGACGAGGCAGACGAGGAUGUCGAGUGGGUUGCCAACGAAAAGUACUGCUGGUGUUAGACGAAACGCAACUGAAUGAUAUAGACA